CCCGUGGUGGGGGAGCUGGCGGCGGCGUAGGCGGAACCCUAGGGAAGGGUGCACGGGAGACAAACGAGCAGCUUCUAGCCACACAUCAUGAUACUUGGGUAAUCCACAAGUUAGUAAUGGAGUAGUAUAUGCUAGCUAGCUAAUUAAAUUUUAAAAUCCGUAUGUGUUUGCUCUUGUUUCGAAGGUAUUGCACCGUGGCACUGUUAAUUGCAAAUGGAUACCGAAAUUAUUAUCAGACACAAAGAUGACCUGGAGCGCAUGCUGCUUGAUGGAAGCGCAGAGCCAACGUACCUGCCGUUAUCACUUUUAGAAGAUAUCACAAACUGUUUCUCCGAUGCUCAGCGAAUAGGCAGCGGAGGGUUCGCGGUGGUAUAUAAGGGAAUUGUGGGAAAAGGGAUAGUCGCUGUCAAGAAGCUGUCCCAACCAUAUGGUAUGCAUGAGGAUAAAUUCCUUAAAGAGGUUGGGUGCUUGGUGAAGGCCAAGCACAAAAACAUAGUACGUUUCCUGGGAUAUUGUUCUGACACACAAGGGAGACUUGCAAACUAUGAAGGGAAGGUUAUCAUGGCAGAUCUGCGGAAUUGGUUGCUAUGUUUUGAGUAUGUACCAAAUGGAAGCCUUGAUAAGUAUAUUACUGAUGCGUCUUGCAGACUUGAAUGGAGGAAGCGCUAUAAUAUUAUCAAGGGAAUAUGUGAGGGCCUACUUCAUCUUCAUGAGUUACGCAUUCUCCACUUGGAUCUGAAGCCUGCUAAUAUAUUGGUAGAUGAACACAUGGCACCCAAAAUUGCUGACUUUGGUCUAUCAAGGUGCCUUGAUAAAGAGCAAACCCGGGUUUUUACUUCAAACCUAUGUGGUUCGCAGGGAUAUUUGGCACCCGAAUUCUUUGGAGGGCAAGUCGCAUUUGCGUCGGACAUUUACAGUCUUGGAGUCAUCAUUGUGGAGAUGCUGACAGGCAAGAAGGGGUAUUCAGAAGAUGAGAAUGUGGUUGACACUUGGAUGAAUCGGUUGGAGGGAUUGGAUCAAUGGGAGACACAGCUGGAGCAAGUAAGAGUAUGCAUUAAGAUAGGGAUAGAGUGCAUGAACUCGGACCCAAAGAAGAGACCUGUUGCAAGUCAUAUAACUGACAUGCUUGGCAACAUAGCAAAUGCCGUCGAAACUGGUAUCGAUAGUUCAUCAAUUGAGCACCAGGUUUGUUUUCUAAAGGAACAAUAUUGUGAAGAGAAAAUUGCAGAUCUUUCAUCUGAGUCAAUAGGAAAGGAUAUCAAGGAAUGCUUUGAAAUGGAAGAACUUGCGGAACAUGUUAGAGAAGAUCAUUGGCAGGAAGAAGAAGAAGAAGCUCCAGUUGAUCAAUGGUCAUUGUCCUGGAAACUGCAAUCUAGCUCUAACUCUGGUAUGUUGCAUAAGUUGAAGAAUAUGGACAUCUUCGGCAGAAAAGCACGCAGAGACUUUUACCAGAGGAUAGGCGGGUCUGUACUAAAGAGAACUAAUCAAUUUAAAUUUUUCGAAAAGCGUGAGCUCAAGCCAGUUUUGAAGUAUGAGAAUCUUAGUUUGAAAGAUGGCUUUGGUGAAAUUUACAAGGGCCUUGUCGAUAAUGUACCAAUAACAGUAAGGAAGCUGAUUAGUAAAACUGUGGGAGAUAACGCUGCUUUGUUGAAUGAAAUCAUAAUCCAGUCUCAAGUCAUUCACAAAAACAUUGUUAGGCUCAGAGGCUGUUGCUUGGAAUCUGACACCCCCAUGUUAGUCUAUGACUUCCUGUCCACAGAUAGCCUGGAUGACAUUCUUCACAUCAAUAUCAUGGUGCCUCUCAAGCUUGGCGUGCGAUUAAGUAUUGCCGCAACAUCAGCAGGUGCUCUAGCUUAUGCGCAUUCAAAGGCAAGUACCAAACCUUUACAUGGUGAUCUUAAACCAGCAAAUAUACUCUUCAAUGGAAACUUUGUGCCAAAGAUCUUUGGCUUUGGCAUACUAAGGAUGACUGGGAUGGGGACCCACAACAUUGAUGACAUGUCUUACAUGGAUCCAGUAUACCUAGAAACAGGCCUGCUAACUGAAAAAAGUGAUGUCUACAGUUUUGGAGUCAUCAUCUUGGAGCUUCUUACAAGGAAAAAGGCGUCACAUUCCGACAAUAACAGCUUAGUAAGGAGUUUCCUCGAGAAUCACAAGCAAGGGAGGAAAACAACUGAGUUGUUUGAUAAGCAAAUUGCAGUGACAGGAGAUCUGGUGCUUCUAGACAAUCUAGCAGAAAUUGCUGUGGAAUGUCUUAACCUUGAAGCAGAACGAAGACCGGAAAUGAAAGAUGUUGCAGAGCGCCUUGAAAGACUGAAGAAGGUGAAGCAUUUGCAAGACGAAUUGGAACAACAUGUACGUCAUCUCAAAUAAGCUUGGGAUAGAUCGUGUGAUGGUCAACGUGUAACUUGUAUAUUCUGCUGCUGUGGACAAUUCUUUAAAAUCUUCUCCAUCUGUAAACCACGCUAAAAGCAGAGAAAAGUUGCCUGAUUGUUAGCUCCGCUCUCCUGGCAUUUAAGCCUUUGCUUCUUACCUGGUUAGGAUUUGUGGCUCCAUUUAGUCUUAUCCAUCCAGGCCAGCCUUAUGAUGUUAGAGCGUCGCUACGAGACCUUAAUAAAGGGACUGUAUUGUGUAGUGUUGACUUUAUUCA